AUGGCGGAGCUCGGUAAGAAGUAUUGCGUGUACUGCCUGGCCGAGGUGAGUCCGCUGCGCUUCCGCUGCACCGAGUGCCAGGACAUCGAGCUGUGCCCCGAGUGCUUCUCGGCCGGCGCCGAGAUUGGCCACCACCGCCGCUACCACGGCUACCAGCUGGUGGACGGCGGGCGCUUCACGCUCUGGGGGCCCGAGGCCGAGGGCGGCUGGACCAGCCGCGAAGAGCAGCUGCUGCUGGACGCCAUCGAGCAGUUCGGCUUCGGAAACUGGGUGAGCGGCGGCGCGGACGAGAGCCGGGCCGGGCCCUGCCUAGGGCACCCGCCCCGGGCAGACCGCCCGUGCCCUGGGACGCGUAGUAAGGAAGAUAUGGCUGCUCACGUUGGCGCUUCCCGGACUCCCCAAGAAGUGAUGGAACAUUACGUGAGCAUGUACAUCCAUGGCAACCUGGGCAAAGCCUGCAUUCCUGACACAAUCCCCAACCGGGUGACAGACCACACCUGCCCCAGUGGAGGCCCCCUCUCGCCCAGCCUCACCACCCCGUUGCCUCCUCUGGACAUUUCCGUGGCCGAGCAGCAGCAGCUGGGUUACAUGCCUCUGCGGGACGACUAUGAGAUUGAGUAUGACCAGGAUGCUGAGACACUUAUCAGCGGGCUCUCGGUGAACUAUGAUGACGAUGAUGUGGAGAUCGAGCUCAAGCGUGCCCAUGUGGACAUGUAUGUGCGGAAGCUGAAGGAGCGACAGCGACGGAAAAACAUUGCCCGCGACUACAACCUGGUGCCAGCCUUUCUGGGGAAGGACAAGAAGGAAAAGGAGAAGACACUGAAGCGCAAGAUCACGAAGGAAGAGAAAGAGCUGCGCCUAAAGCUGAGGCCCCUCUACCAGUUCAUGUCCUGUAAGGAGUUUGAUGACUUGUUUGAAAACAUGCACAAAGAAAAAAUGCUCCGAGCCAAAAUCCGAGAACUGCAGCGCUAUCGGCGGAACGGAAUCACUAAGAUGGAGGAGUCAGCAGAGUAUGAGGCUGCGCGGCACAAACGGGAGAAGAGGAAGGAGAACAAAAACCUAGCAGGCUCCAAACGGGGAAAGGAGGAUGGCAAAGACGGAGAGUUCGCUGCCAUCGAGAACCUCCCAGGUUUCGAGCUCCUGUCAGAUCGUGAGAAGGUGCUCUGCAGCUCUUUAAAUCUGAGUCCAGCCCGUUACGUAACUGUGAAAACUAUUAUCAUUAAAGAUCACCUCCAGAAACGACAAGGAAUCCCCUCCAAAAGUCGCCUUCCUAGUUAUUUGGACAAAGUCCUAAAGAAAAGAAUUUUGAAUUUCCUCACAGAGAGUGGCUGGAUAUCCAGGGACGCGUCCUGAGGCUGGAACAGCUCUGGAGCCACAAUGACCUGGGGGUGCUUUCCCCCUUGUUGCUCUUUUUUUUAAACAAAUUGAGUUCUUUUUUUAAGAUAAAAGUUCUUUUCAUGGUCCUCUGAAAGCAGCAAUAGUAACAAUCUUAUAUUGGAUCAUGGGGGAAAGAAAUGUGUCUAUUUUAACUUAAUCCUUAAAGUAAUACUUAAAGAUGAUUGCCCUUUACCUGGUCAGUUUGGAGAGUAUUAUGAGAUUGGAUAAUUUACUUUUAUUUUGUGAGCGUUUUUUCCCUUUGGGUACAAAAACUAUUGUGCUAUGGGUAACAGAAGCAUGGUUUUCUGCUGGACUGCCAAGCCAUCAGCGCUUUCCUGGUGACACAGCUCUUCUCAGGCAGGGCUGCUGGAGGCUCCCCUUCUCUGAGCUCAUGUGACCCCAGCUGACCCCGGCAUGGUCCCGGGCACACAGCACUUUAUGUGGAGGCAGGUCAGGCACAGACUCCACUGUGUAGCAGAUGAAGAAAGUGAGGCCAGAGAACAAUAGGAGGACAUAACAUGGAAACUUGAGGAAGAAUUUGUGGUUCAAUACAAUGACCAAAUCACCUUGCACUUAACUGUUGGCAGCAGCAGUCUGUGGUCCCCAGAUCCCCAAACUGAGCCUUGCUUCAUUCUGAUCUGGGUAAAGCCUAUAGAUUCACUUGGGAAGAGCAGUGCCCCCCCCCCCCCCUUGGGGCAGGCUCCUUUGGUGUGGCCAUGUCCCUUCUGAGCAGGAAAGCAAGCUAGUGGUAGGGACAGGGCUUCUGUAAACCAGCUUCUGGGGGUGCUGCUGUUAGUAUGUGCAGUGCGUUAUACUUGGAAGAGCCCAUUCAAGGCUGACAGUUCUGAAUUCACAGUUGCAAGAAAUCUUUUUUGCGGAAAACAUGAGCGCACUCUCCUGGCAAAGCAUCCCUUCAGUCACCAGGCCAGGGCAGUUCUGACCAGCAUCCUGAGCCUUGCUUCUAGCUCGCGUGCUGCUUCUGUUUGCUGUCCUGAAUCAGACUCAGAAAUGGCUUCUUCCUAGUCCUCUCAGUUUUUUUCUGGGGCCUUCUUUCAAGGAUGUACACGGUACCUUCUUCCUGAAACUUGAGGAAGUCUUUUGUCUUCCGGCUGCUCAGGGUUCUCCCGUCUAAGACCCUGCUUUAAGGAGAGUCUGUGGAGUGACAGGGUCCCCAGCACCCCAUUCUUCCAGGAGCUCGUCUCGCCUCUCUUGCCCCCAUAGGUACCAAGAGACUGUUUACCUCCCACAAUGUUUGGGCUUGAAGUUACAUUAAAGUGAAGUUAUUUGAAAGAAAAAAAAACCUCAUCAUUUCCAAGGACAACUUAAAUACUGUGCCUUUUCCUUUCUUUUUACAUCCUUCUCUCCCCUAGGGUAAAUUUUCAGCAUUAAAUAAAACAGUUCAAAUAUAUUGUA